AAUUAACUUGAGCAGUUCCUGUUGGCGUUUGUAUGUGAAGCAAUCUAAAAUGUUUGUGCAUUAAACUGCAGUAUAAGUGCUUGGGCAAAACGAGCUGUUAGUGUGUUUAAAAAUGAGUAAUGGAAUUGAUAAUUUUAUUAUUGCAAUGUGAAUAACCCAGAACUUAAUGAAACACAUCAAAUUCAUUUUACAGUGACAGAAUGUGUAGUUAGGAAUAUUAGGUGGGAAUUACACUGUUUUAAAGAAAAUAAAAGAAUAAUCGUUUCCACGUAAAAGUAUUUUGAUUGCUAUUGAUUCACUUGCGCCAAACAUAAAUAAUGAGUAAAAACGACGCAAGCAUGACGUCAUUCAGCACUAUACCAGAAAAAACUCCCGAAAAACUUCCCAACGGUGAAAGCAAUCAAGCUUUCGAGGAUGACGAUAGCGUGUGCAAAAGUGAUGAAAAACAGCAAAUUGAAACUGCCAUCCAGGAAUUAAAGGAACAAAUAACCGAUGAUGAUCAUGAAGAUCUCUACUUUGAUGAAAGCAAAGUUAAUCCUGUUGUUAAAAUUCUUAUUUCUCCCGUCAAAAUGUUGGAGGAAUUAUUCAACAGGUACAAGCGUUUUAUACCCAUCAUAGUUGUGGUGAUCAUAUUUCUAGGUGUUACAGCUUACAUGGUCGUGGCUUUGAUAUGGAACUUCAACCGAGCUCUCACGUUAAUGGUGAUAUGGCUUGUAGUGGUAGCAUACAACAUAUAUGCUUUCAUACGAGAUUAUUUUGGGAAUGAUCUAAUGCCUUAUCUUAAGCCUGUGUAUAAGACAGUCAACAAAAAUAUGUUCUGGUUACAAUGGGUUUUUGUUGCAUGUGUGGUGGGGGGCUUGGCUACAUGGAUUGCGAUAGACACUUCAAAACGACCGGAACAACUUAUUUCUGGCGCUGGAUAUUUGGUUUUCUUGUUCAUUUUAUUUCUAACCUCAAAACACCCAGAAAGGGUUCGAUGGAGGCCUGUCUUCUGGGGUUUAUUGAUCCAAGUUUGCCUUGGAAUGUUUAUCCUUCGUACACAAGCGGGCUUUGAUGCUUUUAACUGGUUGGGAAAUAUUUUUCAAACUUUUAUCAACUAUGCAGAUGAGGGAGCUCGAUUUUUAUAUGGGGAUGAUUUUGCUGACCAUUAUUUUGCAAUGAAAGUUCUGUCCAUUGUUAUUUACUUUGGAGCUUUUAUAUCAGUGAUGUAUUACAUUGGAGCAAUGCAGUGGCUGAUAUUUAAGAUUGCUUUUCUCAUGCAAAUCACACUCGGGACUUCCGCAACUGAAUCCAUGGUGGCAGCAGGAAACAUAUUUGUGAGCAUGACCGAAUCUCCAUUGCUUAUUCGGCCUUAUAUAAAUGACCUUACCACAUCUGAACUGCAUGCUGUUAUGACUGCUGGCUUUGGAACAAUUGCUGGAAGUGUGUUGGGUGCUUAUCUAGGUUUUGGGAUUAAAGCGGUAUACGUGAUCAUGGCGUGCUUCAUGGCUGCACCUUGCGCACUCGCUGUGUCAAAACUUGUUUAUCCCGAAACAAAGAAAUCAAAGUUUUUAUCGUAUGAGGGUUUGGUGGUAGAAAGCGAUGGUUAUCGUAACAUUGUAGAAGCUGCUUCAGCUGGAGCUUCACAAGCUAUUCCUGUUGUUUUAAAUGUCGGUGCAAAUCUGAUUGCAUUUAUUUCACUUUUAGCUGCAGUUAAUGGCUUUCUUAAUUGGUUUGGGGGUCUCCUUAAUUGCCCUGAACUAAGUUUUCAGAUGAUAUGUUCAUAUGUGUUUAUGCCGAUAACUUUCUUAAUGGGGAUCUCCUGGACAGAUUGUUUCAAGUGUGCAGAGCUUAUUGGGUCCAAGAUUUUCUUGAAUGAGUUUUACGCUUACGAGGCACUUUCUGACAUGCUACAAAUCCGUGACACUGGUACUGUACCCCAUGUUGACCCUGUGACUGGGGUGGUUUACUGGGUGGAUGAAAGAUCUGAAGCAAUCGUUACUUACGCAUUAUGUGGGUUCGCUAAUGUCAGCUCAGUUGGAAUCAUUUUAGGAGGGUUAGGUAUCAUGGCUCCUCACAGAAGAGGAGAGAUGGCUAAGAUUGUGAUCAGAGCUUUGAUAGCUGGAAUAUUUGUCAGUCUUCUUAAUGCUUGUGUUGCUGGAUUCCUUUACGUACCAGGAGAUAUAUUUUGUGAUAAUAUGCUUGCUACAACUAACUGGACCCGUACAGAUCCAGAUCGACUCUGGCAAUGUUGUUCAACGGUGGUUUUUCCAAUCUCACCAGACACAGAAGCUUGUCAUAAUUGCUGCGCGUAUGAUUGGGCGUCAACGUUGUACCAGAUUAAUUGCACCAAUGUAUGCAUGUAAAAGCACGCAAGAGUUCCUUUUUUCUUCACCUUUGUGCAUAAAAUCAUCGUUGCAUUUUCCAAUGUUAAAAGCCCGUACAUUGAACAACAGAAUACAUGGAAAAUUUUAGUAUGUCUUGAUGCGUAUGUCUGUAGUUUACUGGUAUUUUCGUCGUUACAUUUUCAUCAUCG